AACGAUUUCUAAUUUAUACUUUCAAUAUUAAAUAGUAACAAUUCGACGUAAUUAUUCGGGUAUAUAAAUUGUAUCCAAUACGAAAGAAGAAACUUCACUCAUCAAGAAGUUCACGAAGAAAAGAAAAUGGCGUCGCCUGCCUUUAUGUCUUCGAUAAAGGCUUUAGCACCACGAAUGCAAAUAAAAUACUCGAAGCCCAUAAUUGAUAAUCUCGUCUUCAAACUCCACUAUAAGUUGACUGUUACCAUGCUUCUCUGCUUUGUGAUUUUGGUUAGUGGAAGAGAGUACUUCGGAGAGCAUAUUAAAUGCUUGUCUGACCAGGGCGUACCUCCCCAUGUCAUACAAACCUACUGCUUCUUCAUGGCUACGUUUACCAUUAUCCGGCACUACAAUCAAAGUCUACUUGAAGGUGGGCUUCUACCUCACCCAGGGAUUGGCCCAGACCUUGAGGAAGAUGAGCCCAUACGACAUACCUACUACCAGUGGGUGCCCUUCGUAUUGUUUAUUCAGUCUUUGCUCUUUUAUUUGCCUCAUUAUAUUUGGAAGAGGCAGGAAGGAGGCAGAAUCAAAGCGUUAGUGGAAGGUCUGAAAUAUUCAAGUCUGGCGUUACAUGACGCAGAUGUCCAAGCAGGGGACAUUAGUGUACCGUCAAAGACCACUAUUAAGCGUAAAGUGCAAUUAAUCAAGAAGGAUAUCAUUUUAAGAUUACAGAUAACCAGAUCCUGGUCUUACUGGCUGGUUACAAUGGAGGUAGCAAAUCUCAUGCACAUAAUUUUCGAAGUAUGGCUAAGCAAUGUUUUUUUGCAUGGAUGCUACAUUGGCUUGGGUUUUAAUGUGCUGAGCUUCAGUGGUUGGGGUGACAUUUCUAAUCCAUUAGAAACUAUAUUUCCAAAGGUAACGAAAUGUGUGUUCCACAAGUAUGGUCCCAGUGGGUCCAUUCAGCAGCAUGACGCUUUAUGUGUUAUGGCUCUUAACAUCAUCCACGAGAAGAUCUACGUCAUUCUGUGGUUCUGGUUCUUAUUCCUUUUCAUCGUAUCAUUUAUUGCUAUACUCUGGCGCCUAAUAUCGUACUUCAUGUACCGUCGAUCCCUUAAAUUCAACGAGGCAGUGUUUCAUCACAUCACCAGAAAGAAGCUUAAUCCUUGUAAUGUCGUGAAUAUAGUCAAUUGUUGCAAAUAUGGCGAUUGGUUAUUCUUAUCCUAUCUUGCGAAAAACUUGCAGUCUGCCACCUACCAAGAGCUGUUCAGAAGCAUUUCAGAAGAAUUUGAAAAAGGACACGACGUGUUAACAUACAGCCAUGGUGGUGCAAUAAAACAAACUGACGAUUUAAUUGAAGUGAAUUAUGCUAAUGAAACGUUACCACAUUAAAAGAUUGUUGUUGUUAUAUAUAGAGUUCUAUAAACCUUAAAA